AUGGUGAUCCAACAACCCUCCAACCAGAUCAAACUGACCAACGUCUCCCUUGUCCGGCUUAAAAAGGGCAAAAAACGCUUCGAGGUCGCCUGCUACAAGAACAAAGUCCUCGAAUGGCGGUCCGGCAUCGAGACUGACCUCGACAACGUCCUGCAGAUCCCCAACGUCUUUUUGAACGUGUCCAAGGGCCAGACGGCGCCGACGGCCGAGCUGCAAAAGGCCUUUGGCAAAGACACCUCGGUCAAUGACAUCAUCCUGGAGAUUCUCAAAAAGGGCGAAAUGCAGGUGGGCGAGAAGGAGCGCAGCGCGCAGCUGGAGCGCGUCCAUAACGAAGUCGUCUCCAUCGUCGCCAGCAAGCUGGUCGACCCGCGCACCAAAAAGGUCUACACCACCGGCAUGAUCGACAAGGCGCUGGACAUGCUCAGCUCGCAGGCGCAUCAGCUGCAGGAGAAGGAGAAGGAGAAGAAGGAUGCGGCCGCGAGCGGUACGGCGUCGCCGGCGACGGGCGAGAGCGGCGAGGCGAAGCCGCAGCCUACAAAGUCCCUACCCAUCUGGACCGGUGUUUCGACAAACAAGAGCGCAAAGUCGCAGGCGCUUGAGGCCAUGAAGGCGCUUGUUGCCCAUCAGCCUAUACCCGUUGCCAGGGCGAGGAUGAGGUUACGCAUCACUUGCACGACCAAUGUGCUCAAGCAGGCCGUCAAGGCUCCCAAGGGGGAAGCCAACAAGGAUGGCGAGGAGGGAGAGAAGAAGGCACCCGGAACGGUCAAGGACAAGAUUCUCAGCUUCGUUGAGCAGGUUGAGAGCCAAGAUGUCAUGGGCCAAGAGUGGGAACUGGUGGGCUUCGUAGAGCCCGGUGCUUUCAAAAUCUUGUCUGACUUCAUCGGAAGCGAAACCAAGGGACAGGGAAGAGUAGAGGUCCUGGAUAUGGCCGUCACUCACGAAGAUUAAAGCCAUGACUUCGUUUCUUGAUUUAACUGGCGGAUGCUCUCUGGGUCUUCGUCUAUGGUCGUCUUAGUCAUAUACAUGGGGUGGGCGUUAUGGCAUCGAAAAUCAUAGUGGGUUGUUUUAGGCAAUGGAUUUGAUGGAUUUGCGUCUUUCACGUCCAUAGAGACCGAAUAAAAAUCCCAACAGUAAAUCAUUUUCCAUAUCCACGCCGUUUAUUGUCAUGCUGUCAAUGAUGUGUCUUCCAUUAUGCGAGUUCCCCCAUUAGCCAUAGGCUACCUAGAAUCCAGAUACGCGCAGGGCGAAACAAUUCAGUCCCAGAUGUCCAUGACUGCCCGUCUUGGAAUAACACCACCAAAAACCCAGAAAAAGCAGCGCCGAAUAUGCCCGCACAGAUUUAGUUGCCCUUCUUCUUGGAGACACCGACGGUACGACCGCGGCGGCCAGUGGUCUUGGUGUGCUGACCGCGAACACGGAGGCCCCAGUAGUGACGGAGACCACGGUGGGCGCGGAUCUUCUUGAGGCGCUCAAGAUCGUCACGGAGCUUGGAGUCAACACCGUUGGCGAGGAUCUGAGAGUCCUUGCCGUCAACGAUAUCGCGCUGCCUGUUGAGGAACCA